AUGCGUCUUCAGGGUGAACUUUUUUCCCCACUCGCGACAAGUUUUUCAAGAGUUUCUUCCUGGUGUCAGGAGCGCCGGUCUGUUUUUAAUAUUUGUCUUUCUUUAUUUCGGUAUCUACUUCUUUUCUUUUUCUUCUUUUCACUUCAUUUUGCUUUACUUUUCUUACUUUUUAUUUUCAUUCUUAAUUUUCUUUUCUUAUCUUUUUGCUUUCAUUCGUUAACUUUUCUUCGUUUUUAUUUUCCAUUUUUCUUUUUAUUUUCAUUCUUUAGGUUUUCCAUUUUUUUAUUUUCAUUGGUUAGCUUUUCUUACUUUUUAUUUUCAUUCUUAAUUUUUUUCUUAUCUUUUUGCUUUCAUUCGUUAACUUUUCUUCGUUUUUAUUUUCUUUUUUUCUUUUUAUUUUCAUUCUUUAGGUUUUCCAUUUUUUUAUUUUCAUUGGUUAGCUUUUCUUACUUUUUAUUUUCAUUCUUAAUUUUUUUCUUAUCUUUUUGCUUUCAUUCGUUAACUUUUCUUCGUUUUUAUUUUCCUUUUUUCUUUUUAUUUUCAUUCUUUAGCUUUUCUUACUUUUUAUUUUCAUUCUUAAUUUUUUUCUUAUCUUUUUGCUUUCAUUCGUUAACUUUUCUUCGUUUUUAUUUUCCUUUUUUCUUUUUAUUUUCAUUCUUUAGGUUUUCCAUUUUUUUAUUUUCAUUAGUUAGCUUUUCUUACUUUUUAUUUUCAUUCUUAUUUUUUUUCUUAUCUUUUUGCAUUCAUUCGUUAACUUUUCUUCGUUUUUAUUUUCAUUCUUUAGGAUUUCUAUCUUUUUAUUUCCAUUCUUUACUUUUUCUUUCUUUUUGUUUUCAUUCGUUAUCAUUUCCUUUAUUUUUUAUUUUCAUUCAUUGUUUUCAACUUUCUUUUUCAUUCUUUUUAUUUCCUUCCUUUUUAUUUUCGAGACCUAUCUUUUUUUUUCAUUCUUUAACUUUUCUUUCUUUUCAUUUUAAUUCUUUAGGAUGCCUAUCCUUUUAUUUUCAUUCUUUAACUGUUUUUCCUUUUCAUUUUAAUUCUUUAGGAUGCCUAUAUUUUUAUUUUCAUUCUUUAACUUUUCUUUCUUUUUAUUUUCAGUCAUCAUCUGUCCUAUCUUUUUUCAUUCUUUGUAUUUCCUUCUUUUUAUUUUUCCUUCUUUAUUGUUUUGUUUCUCUAUCAUUCUUUUUUUUUAUUUUCAUUUAUUACCUUUCCUUUCUUUUUAUUUUCAUUCUUUAUCAUUUUCUAUCUUUUUUAUUUCUAUGCAUUAUAUUUUUCUUUAUUUUUAUUUUCAUUCAUUUGUUUCUUUUUCUUUUCUUUUUUCAUUUUUCAUUUUCUUCCUUUUCAUUUUCAUCCUUUACCUUUAAUUUCAUUUUUAUUUUCAUUCUUUAUCAUUUUAUUUCUUUUUAUUUUCUUACAUUACCUUCCUAUCUUUUUCUAUCCAUUCAUUGUAUUCAACAUUUUUUUCGUUCUUUUUAUUUCUUUUCUUUUUAUCUUCAUUCUUUCUCAUUUUCUUUUUUUUAUUUUCCUUCUUUAUCAUUUCGUUCAUUUUUUUUAAUUUUUUUUACACACCUUUCUAUUUAUUUUCAUUCUUUAUCUUCUUCUGUUUUCUCUUUCAUUUUUUCUUCACUUUCUUUACCAUUUCUGUCGUUGUUUUUUUUUUUUUUUGGGGGGGGGUUAUCGUUAUCUUCUUUAGUCAUUAAUUCCUUGAUUUACACUUUCUUUUAUCAUCUUUCUCUUUCUCUUCUUCUUUCGUAA